GCCUGGGAUGGCGGCGCCCGGUGGGGCAGGCGCUGGUACAGGUGGCGGAGAGGAAGGUGGCGUUGGGGAGCCCAGCGGAGCACAGGACCCGGCCGCUGGAGCCCUGCGGCGGGGCGGGACGCUCAUCUCGAGAGGCCGAGCCCAGUGUUCUUCCUUUCUCCUGUGAGCUGCCACCAUGACCCUGACAAAAGGUUCCUUCACCUACUCCAGUGGCGAGGAAUAUCGUGGCGAGUGGAAGGAGGGCCGCAGACACGGUUUUGGUCAACUGAUGUUUGCAGAUGGUGGCACCUACCUGGGUCAUUUUGAGAACGGGCUCUUUAAUGGCUUCGGGGUGCUGACCUUCUCAGAUGGCUCCAGGUACGAGGGGGAGUUCGCCCAGGGCAAGUUUAACGGCGUCGGCGUCUUUAUUCGACACGACAACAUGACCUUUGAGGGGGAGUUUAAAAAUGGCAGAGUUGACGGUUUUGGCCUGCUGACCUUCCCUGACGGUUCUCACGGAAUCCCCCGCAAUGAAGGCCUGUUUGAGAACAACAAGCUUCUGCGGCGGGAGAAGUGCUUGGCUGUAGUGCAGCGGGCCCAGAGCGCAUCCAAGUCAGCCAGGAACCUCACGGCCUGACAGGCGGGCUCCAGUCGGCACGUGUCGGCCAGAGCCAACGCCCUGUGGUCAGUCAUGUGGACGGACAGACCAGAGCUGAGCUGAACUGGUGGCAACCAUGGAACGGAGGCCUCGUGUGCCCCAUCCCCUGCUGGUCCAGAAUGUGACCACGGAAGAGCGCCGAGGACGCUGGUGUGCAGACCUCGCAGCAGGUGUUAGCGGGUCUGUCUUUCCCUGACCCUGUGUGCUGGGGGACCGAGGCGCCACCUCUGCCCACAUGUUAGUGCCCUCUGUUCCCAAGACCUUGGCUUCCCAGCACAGACCUGCCGCAGCCUUCUACUUUGUGUUCUGCUGAGGGAUCCGGAAUCUCCUUGUUUUGCCUAUAUUUAGGGUGGGUGGUCCUAGCCCCAACGGGGUGCUCUGUGCUACCCUGGAGAAAUUAGGGAAGUGGCAGGAGUGGACUAGACAGUACAGGAGUCCUGUGGAGACCGAGGUCAGAUUCUUGUACGUUACCCCUCACUCGCUGCUGGCUGGAAUCGUGGCUGCGGCCGCCACUGUCUGACCAUGCUGGUGUUCCCGUCUGCUUACUCCCCGGGAGGGUAAGUGUGUGUUCUCCUCUCCAGACUGGCCCCCUGCCCUGGGUGACAGCAGGUGAUCCCACCUGUGCCUCUCCCCUUCCUUAGACAUGGGCCAGGGCCCCCUAACGGAUAGUCAAGAAGAAGCCGAUGUAAACGGUUAUCUUAUAACGUGUCUUCCUGACUUAACUCCAGGGUGAGGGCGGAAUAUUCAGGACACUUCAGGCCCUGUCACAGAGUGAACGGAACCCGCAGGGACGGCUCAGGCCCACCUGUCUUCUCCCCAGUGGACCAGUCCAUCAGACACCCCUCCACCCCUGGGCUGGGGUCUUGGUAUAGUCCAACACCCCCCCCCCAGGACUGCGGUGAGCAGGAAGAGCACUGGCUCCUUGCUUUCGGUUCACUGGAACUCUUCAAGCGUGAGCUUGACCUUCAGGCCUAGGAUAGACCUUGACUGACAGGAUCCCUGCACAGUCAUCACCGAGGCCUCAGCUACCCUGUGACCCAGACACCCCCCCACAAGCCCACGUCCCACGAAAUGUCUCAUUGUGGUGAAAAUUCUAGCCGUGUGCCUCUAUUCUCUGAAUUAUACUGUGGAAACAAGUGUUGGUGAGAAAUAAACAGAUCACCAAGACGGCCUACACCUGG